CGGUAGAGCGAACGAGGGCCUGGCCAGGGAAGGGGACGAGAGACUGGAGGGGAGAAGAAUUCAGACUCGUAUUUCGCCAGCGAAGGGGCUCUCCCCUUCCCUCCCCGGACUCUGCCGCUGCUAAGUGGCACCUGCCCUCCCCACUCUGAGGGUGUAGCUUAGGCAGUUCCGCCACGCCCUCGGUACGGCGUGUCUUAAGGCCCCGCCUCCUCUCCAUGUGGCUGCUCGCCCCACGUGGCCCCCCUCUUUCUCCCGGGGGAAAUCAUUAACCCCGGAGCCCUGAUGCCUUAGCCCAGUUAUUGGUCACUUUGGUCCCGUCAGACACAUGACCAGGAAGGUGCGCGGGCCGGUCCCCUUCCCCCUCCCUCCUCACUGCACCCCCCGCCGGCCAUGGACUUCCUCCUGCGGCCUCAGCCUGAGCCAGAGGGCUCAGGCCCCCACGCGGGCCCUGGGUGCCCUCCGUUCGCCGAACAAGAAGACGACGAACUGCACCGCACUUUGGGCCUGGAGCGCUUUGAUGAGAUUCUGCAAGAGGCAGGAUCCCGCAGCGGGGACGAGCCGGGCCGGAGCUAUGGGGAGGAAGACUUUGAGUACCACCGCCAGUCUUCCCACCACAUCCACCACCCACUGUCCACCCACCUGCCUCCCGACGCCCGCCGCAGGAAGAACGCCCAGGGUCCCGGCCGAAAACAGCGCAAACGCCCCGGCGCUUCCCCCACCGGAGAAACCCCCACUAUUGAAGAGGGCGAGGAAGAGGAGGAUGUCAGUGAGGUGGAGAGCGGGCGAGCAGCUCCCCAGCUGUCUCCAAGCUCCACCCCAACUUCUGUCCAGUUCUUUCUCCAGGAGGAUGACAGCGGCGACAGAAAACCAGAGGGACCUGUUCCUUCCCCCUCACCGCAGCCCACCCACCCCGAGACCAGCCCCGGAGCCCCCAAGGGGGCCCAGCCCGGGGCUCCAGCAGAAGAGGCAUCUGGAGGUGCCAUGGGGGGAGAUGAUGGGGGAGCCUCUGGGCGACCCCUCGCCAAGCCCCAACCUGGCCACCGAAGCUACAAUCUGCAGGAGCGGAGGCGGAUCGGGAGCAUGACAGGGGUCGAGCAGGCAUUGCUGCCCCGUGUGCCUACGGAUGAGAGUGAAGCCCAGACCCUCGGCACCGCUGACCUGGAUCUCAUGAAGAGUCACCGGUUUGAGGAUGUCCCUGGUGUUCGGCGUCAUUUAGUGAGGAAGAAUGCCAAGGGACCUGUACAGGGUGGCAGAGAGGGAAGAGAACCCGGUCCUACUCCACGUGCCCGGCCCCGGCCUCCCCACCAACCUCAUGAGGUAUUUGUGGAGUUGAAUGAGCUCCUGCUGGAUAAAAACCAGGAGCCUCAGUGGAGGGAGACGGCUCGCUGGAUCAAGUUUGAGGAGGACGUUGAAGAGGAGACCGACCGAUGGGGAAAGCCCCACGUCGCCUCACUUUCCUUCCGAAGCCUCCUGGAGCUGCGGAGAACCCUGGCUCAUGGAGCUGUACUCCUGGAUCUGGAUCAGCAGACUCUUCCAGGGGUAGCCCACCAGGUGGUAGAACAAAUGGUCAUCUCUGACCAGAUCAAGGCUGAGGACCGAGCAAAUGUGCUUCGGGCCCUGCUGCUGAAACACAGCCAUCCGAGUGAUGAGAAAGAUUUCUCCUUCCCUCGAAACAUUUCUGCUGGCUCCCUGGGGUCCCUGCUUGGGCAUCACCAUGGUCAAGGGACUGAGAGUGACCCCCAUGUAACUGAACCCCUCAUUGGAGGAAUUCCUGAGACCCGCCUGGAAGUAGAGAAAGAGCGGGAGCUGCCUCCUGCUGCCCCUCCUACAGGCAUUACUCGAUCCAAAUCCAAGCAUGAGCUGAAGCUGCUAGAAAAAAUUCCUGAGAAUGCAGAGGCCACUGUGGUGCUCGUGGGCUGCGUAGAGUUCCUGUCCCGCCCCACCAUGGCCUUUGUGAGGCUUCGGGAGGCAGCGGAGCUGGACGCUGUCCUCGAGGUGCCUGUGCCUGUGCGUUUCCUCUUCCUGCUGCUGGGUCCAAGCAGUGCCAACAUGGACUACCACGAGAUUGGCCGUUCUAUCUCCACCCUCAUGUCUGACAAGCAAUUCCACGAGGCAGCCUACCUGGCGGAUGAAAGGGAGGAUCUGCUGACGGCCAUCAAUGCGUUUUUGGACUGCAGUGUGGUGCUGCCACCAUCAGAGGUGCAGGGCGAGGAGCUUCUCCGGUCUGUCGCCCAUUUCCAGCGGCAAAUGCUCAAGAAGCGGGAAGAGAAGGGUCGGCUGCUGCCCACGGGUGCAGGGCUGGAGCCAAAAUCCCCUCAGGACAAGGCGCUCCUACAGAUGGCAGAGGCAGCAGGGGGAGCGGAUGAUGAUGAUGACCCCCUUCGGCGCACGGGCCGGCCCUUUGGGGGGCUGAUUCGGGACGUGCGACGCCGUUAUCCUCACUACCUGAGUGACUUUCGAGAUGCAUUGGACCCUCAGUGCUUGGCCGCUGUCAUCUUCAUCUACUUUGCUGCCCUGUCCCCUGCCAUCACCUUUGGGGGGUUGCUAGGAGAAAAGACGGAUGGUCUCAUUGGGGUAUCGGAACUGAUCAUGUCCACGGCUCUCCAGGGAGUGAUCUUCUGCUUGUUGGGGGCCCAGCCCUUGCUCAUCAUUGGCUUUUCUGGGCCCCUGCUGGUCUUUGAGGAAGCAUUCUUCUCGUUCUGUAACUCCAAUGGCCUGGAGUACCUGGUGGGCCGUGUGUGGAUCGGCUUCUGGCUGGUGCUCCUAGCUCUGCUGAUGGUGGCACUGGAGGGCAGCUUCCUGGUCCGCUUCGUCUCCCGCUUCACCCAGGAGAUCUUUGCCUUCCUCAUCUCCCUCAUUUUCAUCUAUGAGACCUUCUUCAAGUUGAUCAAGAUCUUCCAGGAACAUCCACUCCAUGGUUGCACUGUCUCCAAUGGCUCUGAACCAGAAGAAGUUGAGAAUAAAACAUGGACAGAAGUAAUGGUGGUCCUGAGAAAUGGGAGUGCAGCUAGUGUGAAGGCAGGACGGAGACCACAGCCACAGCCACAGCCCAAUACGGCUCUGCUGUCUCUAGUGCUCAUGGCUGGGACCUUUUUCAUUGCCUUUUUCCUUCGGAAGUUCAAGAAUAGCAGAUUCUUCCCUGGGAGAAUCCGAAGAGUGAUUGGUGACUUUGGGGUUCCCAUUGCAAUUCUCAUCAUGGUGCUGGUGGAUUACAGUAUUGAAGACACCUACACUCAGAAGCUGAGUGUGCCUAGUGGGUUCUCAGUGACAGACCCUGAUAAACGUGGCUGGGUAAUCCAUCCUCUGGGCAAAAAUGGGGAUUUCCCUGUUUGGAUGAUGAUUGCCAGUUUUCUGCCAGCCAUCCUCGUCUUCAUCCUCAUCUUCAUGGAGACUCAGAUCACAACGCUGAUCAUUUCUAAGAAAGAGCGCAUGCUGAAGAAAGGCUCUGGCUUUCACCUGGACCUGCUGCUGAUUGUGGCCAUGGGAGGUCUCUGUGCCCUCUUUGGCCUGCCCUGGCUGGCUGCUGCUACUGUCCGCUCUGUCACACAUGCCAAUGCACUUACUGUCAUGAGUAAAGCUGUAGCACCAGGGGACAAACCCAAGAUCCAGGAAGUCAAGGAGCAGAGGGUGACGGGGCUCCUAGUAGCUGUACUUGUGGGCCUCUCCAUAGUGAUUGGGGACUUGCUGCGUCAGAUCCCCUUGGCUGUACUCUUUGGGAUCUUCUUGUAUAUGGGUGUGACCUCCCUAAAUGGCAUCCAGUUCUAUGAACGGCUACACCUGCUGCUUAUGCCACCCAAGCAUCACCCUGAUGUCACCUAUGUCAAAAAGGUUCGGACCCUUCGGAUGCACCUGUUCACAGCCUUGCAGCUCCUGUGCCUGGCCCUCCUCUGGGCUGUCAUGUCCACAGCUGCCUCUCUUGCCUUCCCUUUCAUCCUCAUCCUCACAGUGCCACUUCGGAUGGUUCUGCUCACACGAAUCUUCACCGAGCGAGAGAUGAAAUGUCUGGAUGCUAAUGAGGCCGAGCCGGUGUUCGAUGAGAGGGAGGGUGUGGAUGAGUAUAACGAGAUGCCCAUGCCGGUGUAGGGUGCUGGAUGGAGGGACAAGACUGAGGGACUGAUGGACAGAGGGAACGGGGCCUGGUUAGGGGGGACGGGUCCUCCUCCAUCCUCCUCUCCCUCAUUUUUAUUUAAGUGAAUAAUUUAAAGUCCCCCCCUGGCAGUAAAGUGCUUUGGCCCCCGCA